AUUAGGUUAGCGUUAGUGUUUAUUUAUUUUUUGAAGAUUGUGGAAGCAACUGCUGUUAGUUUAGUUUAUAGUUAAUUUUUUCAUUUAAUAUUUAAAAUGGAUGAAGAUUACGAUGAUAGACCGUGGGACGUCGGCGACAGAAAUUACGAUUUUUUGCAGUCGGAUGCUGGCGACGAACCCGAAAAUCCCGAGCAAGUUCUGGCGGAAUGCGCCGAAAAGUUUUCCACUCCCGACUAUAUCAUGGAGCCGGGGAUAUUUUCGCAAUUGAAGCGCUAUUUUCAAUCGGGCGGAAACCCCCUGCAAGUGAUAGAAGAACUCUCCCAGAAUUACACAGCCGUUGCUCAAAUGGCCAAUUUGAUCGCUGAAUGGCUUAUAAUAGGAGGUGUUAAAGUUACAGACGUUCAAGCCAUGGUCGAGAAUCAUUUAAAGGAAAUGAUUUUAAAGACCUUCGAUCCCAAAAAAGCUGAUACUAUAUUCACGGAAGAGGGAGAGACGCCCGCUUGGUUGACUCAACUCAUAGAGCAUCCUACGUGGAGAUCUUUAAUUUACAGAUUAGCGGAAGAAUAUCCGGAUUGUUUAAUGUUGAAUUUCACUAUUAAAUUAAUUUCCGAUGCUGGUUUUCAAGGGGAAAUAACCAGUAUAUCGACAGCAGCUCAACAAUUGGAAGUGUUUUCUAGGGUUCUUAAAACGUCGAUAAUGAGUUUCCUUACGAAUCCGGAAGAGUGGCAAAAUACCAGCAAAGAAUGUGCUAAAAUGGUAUGCCAUGGUCAACACACUUACGUAUAUAGUCAGGUAAUAAUUCACAUUUUGGCUAGAGAAACUAAAGGAGGAAGUAGCAUGAAAAGGCUGUCUCAGGAGAUCACCAAAUGCGCUCAAAAGAAUGGAAACGAUGUUACUCCUAUUACGAUGGCAUUAAACGGUGCUUCCGGCUAUCCCACAGCUUGCCAAGCCCUCACUGCUAUGCUGUCGAAAAAUACCCUAAAUCCUGCCGAUAUCACAGUUCUGUAUCGAAAUUACACGGCCGAUGAUCCUCCUCCGAUCGAUUUAAUCAGAACCCCGCAAUUUUUAGAAUUGUUGAUCGAUUCCUUAUUUAAGCCGGGAGUAAAACUGAACCCCGACUACAAACCCAAAUAUAUUCAUCUACUAGCUUACGCUUCGAGCGUGUCUGAGGUGCAACAAAAGAAAGGCCAGAAGAGAAUCUCUAACAAAGAUGAAUUACAACCGACCGUGCGCGCUGUCGAAACUGUCCAUAAUAUUUGCAACGGUAACAAAGGGAGUUCCGAAUUAAUCGCCGAACUUUCGACGCUUUACCAGUCACUUAAGUUCCCCGUGGUUUCGGUGGGUAUUAUCCGAUGGGUUGAAUGCACGGUAACGGAAUCGAGUUACUUUAAACUGUGUACAGAGCACACGCCUAUUCACCUUGCUUUGCUGGACGAGGUCGUAACGUUGCAUCCGCUUCUUCACAAUCAAGUUUUAACCCUACUGGUUACGCUAUUCGAAUCCAAACAAGACGAACUGGAAAUUUUAGUUCAGCUCGAAAUGAGAAAAAUGGUGCUGGAUCGAAUGGUGAAUUUGCUAUGUUCCGGUUGCGUCGUACCGGUAGUAAAAUAUAUAAAGCAAUGUUGGCAACGUGGAGACACCGACAUUUCUUUAAUAAGAUACUUCGUUACAGAGGUAUUGGAAACAAUUGGGCCUCCAUAUAGUUCAGAAUUUGUACAUUUGUUCAUGCCUAUGGUUGAAAAUGAUGAGAUAACUGGUACAAUGAGAGGGGACGGAGAAAACGAUCCUGUGUCCGAAUUUAUUGUAUACUGCAAAGCCAAUUAUACUGCUAUGUAAUAUUACAAAGUAAUUUACUAUAAAAAAAGGUCAGGACGACGUCGAUAAAUAUCGUUUUAGUAUAAGUAAGAGAUUAAAUUUAUAGAUUAUUAAAUUUGUAUUCGUUUUAUUUAUCUUAAUGACAACAAAAAUAAAUAUUUAAUUGAAGAACUCAACUAAUAACAUAAUUUUUAACAUUACAUUUAAUUUUUAAGCAGAUUAUUUAAUUAAGCAGUAGCCAGUCUAUUUUGUGAAUGUUUAAUUUGUAAAAAUUUGAUAUGAACUCAAUAGUUAUUAUUUUUUAGUUGAGAAAAUAACGAAACGAUGACUAAAUUCAUUUAACAAAUACAGUUUAUCUAAAUAAAUAAAAAUUUACAUAUACCUAGUAUUUAAAAUCACAAUAAAACUUUGGUUUCAAAAAUAAUUGGGGCGUACAAUAUAUACAAAAUUAAUAAUUACUAUAAUGUGCAGUAAUGUCAUGUUUCUCAUGCAAAAAUGAAUAUACAUUCAAAUAAAUUUUGAAAUUUCGUAAAAGUAUCGUUGUCAGUUACUUGCCAUUGUAGCAAAAAAAUCUUAUUGGCAAAUUACUCGAGUGUUAAACAUUGAUUUUCAAAGAUAUUUAAAAAACAGCCUUUUUAAAAUCAAAAUAAUCCUCAAUACAUUUUCAAAAUUUCAAAAAUCUUCAGUCUGUUAUUCUCCAAACAAUCGAUUAAAAAUAACUAAUUUAACCAUAUUACUCAUUUUUGGAUAUCAGGGAGUAUAUUAAUUGCUAUUUGAAUAUAUUCGUGUGAAGAACUAACAUGAUAUAUAUUAUUUCUACAAUGACAACUAAUUUAAAGAACAUCCAAUUCUAAAGACAAUUUUUAAACGAAUUCACUGGAUUUUCAAGUAGUUUGAAAAUAAAUUUUAAAAAUUUAUCAUUAAUUAAUCAAUUACUAUGAUAAUUACGUGGAAACUGGUCUUUUGAUUAAACAACAAUACAUUUUUAAAAUCAUUUCAACGAGUUAGAAAUGUUGAAUUUGCAUUAAUUCUAAAUAUCCUAAUCAAAAGUGUAACAAAUUUUUAUUAUGCACCUACGUAGUAUUAAUAAGUUAAUUUAGAAAUCAGUGCCUAGUUUCAUAUAAAUUAGAAAUUAUAAAAAUAGAAUACCUAGAAUUUCAUAAAAAAUAUAGUAUUACUUAUUUUGAUAUUGCCUUAAAGAUUCAACGGCGGAGUAUCUUUUCACAUCAAUUAAGUAAACGCUGCAAUAAUUUAGUUUUACUAAAUUUAGACUUAAAAUUCAACAUUUCAUGGUUGUUGGGCGUUUUCAUUAUUUACAACAACGUAAUUAUUAACAGGUACAACAGGAUGAUUAUCAACUAAUUGGACGUUAUGUUCACUACCUAAACUUCCUACCGUUCCAUUAUUAUCGGAAAAUUUCUCCUCCUCCGAACUACGAACAUCUACUAAGAGUUCCGUGUAAUAAUACGGUGUAUUCAAGUAAUCGAUCAUCCUCCUCGGCAGCGGAAGACUCGAUAUUAAAUCCCUCCUUACAUUU